AAACCCAUUUUGGUAGCCUGGGAGCCUGAGUGCACCUCUAAACGUACGAUAACUACAACUUGAAAAGGAUUUUAAAACUCACCGUGUCAUAAACUGUGCAACAUGGCGAACUAUCGCUUUUUGUCGGAGUUGGACACCCGGUGUGAAAAGGACUACCGCCUUCUCCGCGUCUCUUCGUGUUUGUGUAGCUAACAUUAGCCGAGUUAGCUGAGACUGCUACCUCCGCUCUCUGCAAAACCAGUUCAUUGCUGCGGGGCACAAACCGCAAAAACAAGGUAACUGUGAUGCAAGCUGCUCAACUACACGCAGAAAUAUGUGACCCAAAGAGUAGCAAUGCUGUAUUUCUUAGAAAACUAGCAGUCGCCGCUGUUUUAGUGAAGAUUGUAGUGGACUUGAGGCGAAGUGCGCAGCGUUCAGCAAAUAAUGCUGCACGUUUGUUUUGCUAAGAGUUACUUCAUUUAAAAUGUUAGCGGUCACCGACUUCUGUUUUGCGCACCUGGCGCUGCCUGCAGCACAAGGUUCAACGUCAACAAGCUGUUCGCUAUUUUGAGGCGGCUCUCGCCAUGCAAAGCAUGUUUCCGUGAAGUUGAUCACCGCCAAAAAGGAAAACCAGAAUCAUGUCGUGCAAAGCCGCAACCAAGGACAAGAAGUCGAGUUUCAGCAAGAAGCUCUUUAGGCGAGGCUCUGUGCGAUCAGUAGGCAGCUUUAUGAGCAGAGUCCUGAGGACGCUGACCGCCUUAUCUCACUUUGGAUCUGAGGUGCAAAUAGAGGACGACAAAGAUGACGGUGGAUUUACCGCCUUUAAGACCGGGAGUAAGGAUGUGCCCGUGGUUGAUGGGGAUAUUGGGGGGUUCCUCUCGGGUGAGAGAGUCCCUGGACUGGCAGGGCUUAAAAACCAUGGCAAUACCUGCUUCAUGAAUGCAAUCCUGCAGUGCCUAAGUAACACUGAACUGUUUGCUGAGUACCUUGUUUUGGAGCACUAUAAAGACGAGGAACUGAAUGAGGACAGCACAAAGACAAAUGGUGUGCAUCUUCAAAAGAAAGGUCCACUGACUAAAGGAGAAGUAACAGAGCAGCUGUCAGGACUUGUUCGAGCAUUAUGGACUUUUGAGUACACCCCCCAGCAUAGCCGGGAUUUUAAGAAUGCUGUUUCAAAAAAUGCCUCCCAGUUUAAAGGCAAUGCUCAGCACGAUGCUCAAGAAUUUCUGCUGUGGUUGCUGGACAGAGUACACGAAGACAUCAACACUGUCAACCCCAACAGUAGGCCUGCCGUAAAGCCACCCAUUGAAGAAGAUCACCAAAACAUAGAGGGCCCUUCUCCUCCCCUCUCUGCUGGGUCAUUUGUGCAAGAACUGUUUCAGGCUCAGUACAGGUCCUCUCUUACAUGCCCACAUUGCCAAAAACAGAGCAACACAUUUGAUCCCUUCCUCUGUAUCUCCUUACCGAUUCCACUACCGCACACUCGGCCUCUGUAUGUGACCGUGGUCUAUCAGGGGAAGUACUCUCAUUGUAUGAGAAUUGGCGUUGCCGUACCUCUCAACAGUACUGUCUAUCGCCUCAGAGAUGCUGUGUCACGUGAAACAAAGAUCCCAAUGGACCAGUUCGUGUUGACUGAAAUGUAUUAUGAUGGUUUUCAUCGUUCUUUUUGCGAUGAUGAUGAUGAUCUUGACAUUAUCCAAGAGAGUGAUUCCAUCUUUGCAUUUGAGACACCAGAGUCUUUUAAACUGGAGAACAUACGCACAAAAAGAGGAAGUCUUUUAGCAAACCUGAAUCAUAACAACUUCAAGUAUGGGACAGACAUCAGCAGGACUCCAUCUUUCAUGCAGGGUGCAAUGACACCUGUAACUGCAUCACCCAAUAAAAAUUUGGGACCAGAAAAAAUGAUCCUUUUGGUGUGUAACAGAGCUUGCACCGGUCACCAGGGAAAGAGAUUUGGCCUUCCUUUUGUACUGUACAUGGAUCGCACUGUGACCUGGGAUGCUUUACAGAAAGAGAUCCUGGAGAAAAUGCGACACCUUUUGAGGCCUGGGGUCUACAUUCAGGUGGGACCGUUCAGUCUUCGGGUAGUUGGCGUUGUUGGCAUUACUUAUCUCCUUCCCCAAGAUGAACGGCCUCUAUGUCAUCCAACUGUGGAUCGGGCGUACAAGUCUUGUGGACAAGGAGGGCCACCCCAUGUGAAGAUUGUGGUAGAGUGGGACAAAGAGACCAAAGAAUAUCUGUUUGGACACACCGAGGAGGAGUACAUUCCUGACGCUGAAAGUGUGUAUCUGCACAGGGAGCAGCAUCACCAGCCCCAGGCUUGCACUCUUGCUCAGUGCUUUCAGCUCUACACAAAAGAGGAGCAGCUGGCCCCAGAUGAUGCCUGGCGUUGUCCCCACUGCAGACAGCUGCAGCAGGGCCGCAUUAAACUCAGUCUGUGGACGCUGCCGGAUGUGCUCAUACUGCAUCUCAAGCGGUUCAGACAGGAAGGAGACAGAAGGGUCAAAAUGCAGAAUAUGGUGAGGUUUCCUCUGAUGGGCAUGGAUAUGGCACCUCAUGUCGUGAAGAGAAGCCAAAGUAGCUGGAGUUUACCAUCUCACUGGUCACCGUGGAGACGGUCUUACGGUUUGGGUAGGAAUCCCGAUGACUUCCUGUAUGACCUGUAUGCUGUGUGCAACCACCAUGGGAAUAUGCACGGCGGUCACUACACAGCGUACUGUAAGAACUCCAUCGACGGGCAGUGGUACUGCUUUGAUGAUACCGAGGUUUCACCGGUACCUGAUGAUGAUGUUUGUCAGCAGACGGCCUACAUACUGUUCUACCAGCGGAGGACUGCCAUUCCCUCCUGGUCAGCCAACAGCUCUGUUGCUGGUUCUACCAGUUCUUCCUUGUGUGACCACUGGAUCAACAGGCUGCCUGGUAGUCGGCCCGCUAGCUUGGCCUCCGGAGCUUCAUCCAGACGCACUUCUUUGGCUUCACUGGCUGAGUCAGUGGAGUUUACAGGAGAGCGUAAUGAAGAUGAUGGAGGAUUCUCUGUUCGUCCCUUUGUAAGGAGCAUUCAGCGCCAGAGCCUGUCCUCCAGGUCAUCCAUUGGUAGCCCUUUAGCCCUAAGUGACACCAUGAUUAAGCCUUCUUGGUCUCUGUCUUCGAAGCUUCAGAUGAGAUCCAGCUCCCCCUCAAGGUUCUCGCUUGACUCACGAUGUUCACCCCCACUGGAACGGAUAGGAGAAGCCUGUGAUGACAAAGUUUCCACAUCAUGUUUUGGCAGCUAUAGUAGGCACGAACGCUAUUUUGGAAGUAGGAUUCCAUUAGGAAUGAUGGAGAGCAACGUGAGUGAUCAGGAUAGCAAUAAAAGGUUCCUCGAUAUGAUGUAUUGCAGGGCUCCCACUCCAGUUGAAAAGCAGGCCGCCAAAAAUGAGCCAACUGAGAACAACAAUCAGAUCACAGCUAUAGACCAAAACACUAUACCUCCCCAUGCUACCCCCUCCAAAGAGCAGAAACGUAAGAGCAGUAUUGGAGGAUUUGCCUCAAAGGCUGACAGCACAGGCUCAACAAAGGGCACCAGCAAAGUGGAACAGGAGAAAACCUCUAAAAAACGUUUGUGCUCCUCCUCAACCCACAAGAACUCUCCUUCUGAGACGUCUUCCAGUACGCCUGUGAAAGGCAAAAAGAUGAGCAAUACUAAGAGUGUUAACCCCAAGAAAAACACCCCUACACCUACUGGGGCUCUUUCCAAAACCAAGGUGCCAUCUCAACCCCCAGAGACUACGCCACAAAAUAAGCCAUUCAUCCACUCCACACCUCUAUCCUCAGCUUCUCCUUCUCCAGAUACAAAAAAGAAUUCUGCUGUCACUGAGAAAAACUCCACAGGCAGUCGGAAAAGAGUGAUAGAAAGGAGCUUCAGCAAAGAUUCUGUGCACACCAGCCCACUGGUCAAUGGGCUGCGUGGCUGCUCCGUCACUCGGUCUUCUGUAUCUAAGAGUGGGGAAAGUAACCGACCUGAAUGGAGAACUGUGAGAAGCUCCAGCAGCAGUUCUUCCAUCACUAGCCUGCGCUCACCAAGUGUGUCCACUAAAGAACUGCAACGUAGCAACAAAUCUGAGGAGAAGGGGCUGUCCUUCUUCAAGAGUGCCCUCCGACAAAAGGAAAGCCGCAGGUCGGCUGAUUUAGGCAAAAGCGCCAUGCUCGCUAAAAAGACUUCAGAGAGGGCAAGCAAGCAGAAUGGACAAGCCAAGGAUGUCGGCGGUGUCAAGGCAUCUUCAGAGAUGACUACAGAGACUCCUGGAGGUGAGGCAAAGUCAGAGAAAAAAGAGUCUUCCAAGCCCCCCAGCUCACUCAGCCGCUCUUUAUUGUAUGUAGGCAAGUCCAAGUCUUCCACUUCUGACUUGAGUGUCAAGUCUCCCACAAAUGGAAAAAAGCCUCUUGAACGGAUGGCUUCUUCCCGAAAACUAUCCAAUAUCCAGUCUCCUGCACGUACAACACAGAGGCCUCAGUGAUAUAUUGAGAGUGACCGUGUCAAAUUUACAAAAUGAAGCUGUUUUCUUUGUGCCUAAGUUACAGUGCGCACCAGAUGCAUUUCUGUAGGGACACAUUUUUUUGAUGUUCCGGUCUUCUACACUGGCUUUAAAUGCAAAUGAUAGCUCUAAGAUUUGAAAACAGUCUUUGAGCUUCCAGUUUUAUUUUUU